AUGUCUGAUUUGCAUCAUCUUUUAACUUUUCCUACGAGACCUAUCAUAUCCGAUGUUUACGAGACACAAUUGGCUCAUCUCCUAAAAUCUGGUAUUCCAUCGACCUACACUUUGGAACAGGUAGCUGCCUUUGAACAAGGGAAAGAGGAUGAAGAAGAGAAUGACUCAGAGGGUUCGAAUACUACUCCAUUACACAUCCUUGCCAGAUCUUUGCCGAAAGAUGCUACCAAAGAAGAAUUGGACGUGGUUCUUAAUAUGAUGAAUACAUUAUUUGAGUAUGGUGCAGGUUGGAACUUUUUAGACUAUGAAAAUAAAUCUAUUGGUGAUUUGCUAUUAGAAGCUGGUCAAAAUCGUAACAGUCCGUUGUAUCAACGUGUUGUAGAGGCCGGUGUUAGUGCAGAAUUGCUUCUUAGAAAAGUUAAUGGUGGUGAUGUUGAAUUUUUGGAUGAUCUAGAUGAAGUAGAAAUUGAAGAUGAACAAGAGGAACAAACUAAACUUACUGAUGAUACAAAAAUUCCUGUUGAUAAUAAUAUUAAUAACAGUGAGGUUCAUAUUGAUUCUGAUCUAACUGCAUCUGAUCCAAAUACGUAUUUGAACACAAAGUUGGAAUACACAGAUGAUAAAUUGAUAACGAAGGACAACAAAGAUGGUGUGAUGAUGGACUGGGAAGACGGAAUUAUGAAACUUGCAGCAGACACUUUGUUCCCUGAUCCUCAGAACUCCAACACUGCUACAGUGCUAAAUAUCGGGUUUGGGAUGGGCAUUAUUGAUUCAUAUAUUCAAGAAAAGAAUCCUGCCCAUCAUUAUAUAUGCGAAGCUCAUCCUGAUGUACUUAGUAAAAUGAGAAAGGAUGGUUGGUAUGAGAAAUCGAAUGUAACCGUCCUAGAAGGGAAAUGGCAGGAUACUCUGAAUAAGUUACUAGAUGAUGGUACUGUCUUCUUCGAUGGUAUAUAUUAUGAUACCUUCAGUGAACAUUAUGAAGAUAUGCUAGACUUAUAUGAUGUCAUGGUAGGAUUAAUUAAACCAGAGGGGGUCUUUUCAUUCUUCAACGGACUAGGUGCAGAUAGACCAAUAUGUUAUGAUGUUUACAAGAGAAUUGUCGAGAUGGAUGUGAAUAACUAUGGUAUGAAGUGCGAAUAUACAACUGUACAGAUAGGUAAACAAUUGCCUGAUUGGAGUGAUGUUAAACGUUCAUAUUAUAACUGUGAUUACUAUUAUCACCCACGUAUAUCGUUUAUGUAA